UCUUUGACAGACUGUUUAGAUAUCCAAUCGCUUUGCAUAUACUAUAUCAACACUAGUCCAAAGACUUAUAACAACCAUUGGUAAUUAAAAGUGUCUGGUAAGAGGCGGGAUUUUUUUUUUUUUGCGUCAUGUAAGGUUGUCGGCAGUGAUGUUUAGCAAAGACUUGAUGUCGCAAGAGCUCAGUUUGUUUAGGGACGGCGGAAGAGUUUAAUGGAUCGAGGUCUGUGGGUAUAUUAAUCUUAUUCUUUUUUAUUAUUUUUGAUGACGGACUUCGAGGUUUGUUUUUUCCAACCACUAGUACCAGAGUAACUGGAAAGGAAGGCGUCUUCCCGUUAGUCGGUUGCUCGGUCGCCUUUUCAAUGGAGGAUAGGAAGGACGAAGCAGAUUCGGAAAUCCAGGAACACGGACCCGAGCAUUGGUUUAGCAAAUGGGAGAGACAGUGUUUAGCCGAGGCCGAGCAAGAGGAACCGGCUGACGAGGAGACUGAGUCAAGUCAGCAAAAACUGUGGCACCUGUUCCAGAACUCUGCUACAACCGUCGCACAACUGUACAAAGAUCGCGUGUGUCAGCAGCAAGGCCUUUCUUUGUGGAUACCGUUUCAGAAUGCUGCAACUGCCGUCACUAACUUAUAUAAAGAAAGCAUAGACGUUCACAAAAGAAGCUACGAAGUAGGAAUUCAAAUUGGCUAUCAGCGCCGCAAUAAGGAUGUAUUGGCUUGGGUGAAAAAGCGGAGAAGAACUAUUCGAAGGGAGGACUUAAUCAGUUUUCUGUGUGGGAAGAUUCCCCCUCCAAGAAACUCAAGAGCUUCCCCCAAAUUGACUGUUGUCUCUCCUAACCGAGCUGCAUCCAGUGAAACAAGUUCAUCAGUAGAGACUGAUUUACAGCCUUUUCGAGAAGCCAUAGCAUUACAUGGUCUUAGUGGAGCAAUGGCUAGUAUAAGUGUUCGAUCCAGUACUCCAGGCUCUCCCACUCACGUUAGCAGUAGUUCCAACUCUGGCCGUAGGAGAAAUGGACUCCAUGAUGUCGAUUUAAACACUUUCAUAUCAGAAGAAAUGGCACUCCAUUUGGACAAUGGCAGCACUAGGAAGCGUACCUCAGCCCAGUGUGGUGAUGUUAUCACAGACUCUCCUACCCAUAAACGCAAUCGACUGAUAUAAAUCUUAGCUUGCCAUGCUGCUUAAAGGCCACUGAUCCUCAACGUACAGAAGGAAGUUGGAGGCAGUCACAAUAACCCUUUCACUUUGACGUGUGAAUGCAAUAAAGUGUGUUGACAGGAAGUGUGAAGUAUUGUAGUGGAUGUCUGUAACUGGCUUUUGUAGCCCACGUGAUUUGUUUGAUAAGAUCAUGAGUGUGUGAAGUUCUGAGGCUCAAGUCACCUUAUUGUGUUCUGUGAAAGGGAAAGGGCAACAUAUGUUAAAGACUUGCUUCCCCUUUUGUUCCAUGCUGUGAGUAUUUGGCUUCAGCAAAGAUGCCAUUUAUGUAGUAAACAGUUACCUGAAAUGGCAUUACAAAACCUGUAUGUUUUCUUCCAUUUUGCACUUUUUUUUGUAGAUUGGUACUGUGUUCAGGGUGUAUGAAUAUUGGAUUGUACCCUUUUAGGAUGGUUCAGAGGCCCCUCUUUUGUUUGGAAAAUAUUUGAUUUUUUGAUUGUGUAUUUACUUGUCAUUGUAAGACUGUCCAUUGGAUACACCGUUUUUGCCUCACAGUAUCCGAGCACCACUCCUGGUUCCCCAUGACCUCUCAGGAUUAGGUAGUUGAGACGCGCGCACAUUUUCAGGUUCUGUGUUAUACACUUGAUAUGUAAUUGAGAGAGUGCAGCUUGCAAAACAGAAUAGUCCUGAACACUAAAUUGGCACAUUGCUAGGUUUGAUAUAAAGGGUUGGAAGAUGGAUGCAGGUUACUUAGUGAAGGAAAAGCAUUUCAGUAGUGGUCUUAAAAGUGGGGUGGUUAUUUUAGGGGGUUUGUUAUCCAUGUAUGACACUGGUUUUAUCCACAUCAUCAAACUGACAUGGUGUGUUCAAUUAAAAAUGUAAAGGAAAUCUUGAUGGAUUGUCAUUGCAUUUUCUAUGACGAUUAGAUUCUGCAAAUUUAAGGAGAAUGAAGAGGUUGUUGGAAUGUCAGGUUACAGCUUGUAGUUUUCAGUUAACUGUAAAUGGAAGUAACAUAUAGCAUUUGUUUGCCAGUCUGAUUAUGGGAAUGCAUCAGUUUUUAUACAACUCCAUUUCAAGGAAAGGUGGUAUUUGAUUAAGUGCAGUAUACAGUGGUGGUAGCACAAGAGUGGUAAUUAUGUUGGUUACAAAAAAGUGCAGUAGCACUGUAUGGAAAAUGAAUUCAGUAGCUUUCGUGGUAACGCAAGAUUGAAUCUAUUCAACUAAGCGUAAAUAUCCUAAUAUAUUAACAAAAUUGUAUAUGAUUUAUAAUUUAAGGUUUGUAUCUGAUCAUGUUUUGUUUAAAACAGUAGCCUGUUUGAGAUGGUCCAGGUACAGGUAUAAACCAUUAUAUUGUUGGCAGAGCUUUGAAAACAUUUACACAUUUCAGCUUCAUGGUCCUUGCAUAUUCAGUAUGUUGCCUCCCCUUUUAAUUCAUGUUUUGAACUUUUAAAACGAGAAAAAAGCCCUUCCUCUUGACUCAGCCUUUCACUCAUGUACUGUUUACAUAUCGUUAGUUUUGAUUUACUUGUGGAUUGAUGUUGAAGGAUUUUGGAAUGAGGAUUUGUGUGUAACAGGAGACUUGAGUGGCUCAUUUCAGUGCAUCAGUGUCUAGCUUUUUCAUAGUUAAGUCAGAUACCGUUUGUAAACCUAAAAAGUUCUGAAAAUUCAGCGUGCCAUUUUUCAGUAAGUAUGUUGUAUUGUUAGACCAGCAGUUUCUCCACUUCUGUUCUAAAACUCUUGCAUUGUAAAUGAAGAACUGAAACAGCACUUGCUACUAUUUGAAGAUAGAUUUGAGCUUUAGGUGUACUACUGCAUAAAUUGCUGUAUUGCAUCAGAAGUGACUGCACUACAUUUGCAAUUAAGGUAUUUUCUUUUACCGAGCUGUGGAAUUUGAAGUGUCUGUGCUUCUAAAAGCUCGCAGUUACUUUUAAAUUGUUCCUUGCUUUUGGAAUGCUUGUAAGUGGAGUGUCUUUAUCUACACGUUACUUCGUUACUUUGCUUAUAUCAUUACUUUCUAACAUUCUUGCUAUUUAUUUUUUGUUGCUGUAACUUCAGUAACCCAAAAUGUCCAGUUAGAGAAUUGUGCAGCCAUUAGUCUGGUUCUCUGCGUACUUAUUUGUGCUUUAUAAGCAUUUUUGGGAGGGGGUCUUGAGAAAUCUUAGUGGCUGCAGGUUUUUAUGUGUAGUAAUAUUUGGCUGAGUAUCAUUGCCAAUUUUGGUACAGGUAAGGUAGCCAAAAGAUGCUUCCAUUUUGCCCACUCUAACUUUGCUAUAUAAAUGUAAAAAUAAAGUUGUAUACUUAACCACUUGA